GUGUGAGUCCUUCUCAUUGGCCCUCCUACUGUUUUUCAAAGAUAGCUUCUUAUCUCAUCCAAGCAGAAGGAUUUCCUUCAUAGUUGAGCACUCAUCACACGGCUGUUGUGUAAAUAACAUUCAUUAGAGGUGAAUACGCCACAGCUCAAUGUAACACUGGACCAUAACGAUAAAGAUAUGAGGAUAAUUCAAGGAUGCUCACAGGGAUCAUGAGUGACUUUGCUGGUAAUUUCACUCUAAAAGGAUGCUCUCUGGUCCAGGACUAGCCCUCCUCCCGCUCUGGGCCACAAUCACGACACCCUCUCUUGGUCAGGCCUGUCUGUGCACGAGUCUCCGGACUGCUGGUCUGCGAGUCAACUGCACCUCUCGUGACCUCAUGGCGUUGCCUCCUCUGCCGCCAGACACCACAGAACUCCUCGUGCAGGACAGCGGCCUCACCACCAUCCCCUCGGGCCUGUUCGACGGACUGGCGGGCCUCCAAAGCGUCUCCCUCUCUGGCAACCCUUUCCAUUGUGACUGCGGCAUUGAGUACUUGAGGAACUGGCUGCUAAGGAACAGGGCUGCGGUCUCGCAGGAGCCCACCUGCUCCAGUCCCACGUCUGUGGCUCAGAAAGCUAUCAGUGAACUCACCGAUGACUACUUUACCCAGUGCGCCCUGAGGGGCUGCUAUAGUACCACUUAUGUCAUCAUGAUGGGAGUGUUGCUCUGCUGCCUCAUGGUUUUACUUGUGUGGAGCCUGAGACUUGCCAAAAACUGCACCUUCACGCUGAACAUUGAGGAAGAUCACUCAGUGCCCCAUGUCGACUCUUUACAUCCACUGAGAGCGAGACACACGAGGAGGCUGUCUGUCAGUGCAGGUCGUCAUCUUCUCAAGGAGGAACUGGAAAGGUUUCCUGUCAACAUGGAACUGCUCCCGCAAGUGUUGGACGUGCUGCACAAGAAACACAACAUCAAAAUAAAAGCUAUCUGAGGCACCUAUUGGAGCUCAUUGGAUGAAAACACUACACAAAUGCAAUGUAUUUAUUAUCCAAGGUUCACUUUGAUGCAACAAAACUUAUUUUGGCAAUAAAUGCAACGUAAAAGGACCAUCCUAAUGUGAUCUCAAUGAUCAUUUUUAA